UUAAAGCAUCACUACCUUAUAUAUAUCUUAACUGUCCUCUCUCCAUAUCUUCCAUUAAAAAGGAGAAGAAAAAAAGAAAAAAAAAGGUCCCCUCACUUCAUAUGUAUGUAUAUAUAUAAGUCCACUGUUUUAGCCAUGUGAAAGUAGAAAACACAAGUUCAUUCAGAGACAAAAUGCCAACAAAACUAAAGAAGUCCCUUCAAGAAUACCUCUCCAAGGUAAAAAAUCCUAAAAACCCUUCUAGGAAAUGGAUAUUAUCAGGCUGCAAACACCCUAAGACUCCCUCUUUUGCCUUUGAUCGUAGCCGGGACAAUGAUGAUCAUGAUCAUCGAGAUGGUCCAGCUGCCACCCUCUCCGAUAUUGAUCGCUUCCUCUUAGAGAAUUUUAAGUCUCUCUAUAUCAAAAAUGAUGAUGAAGAUCAUAAUAGCCAUCAGAAGAACAAAGUUGAAGGACACAGAGAGGAUGGACAAGAAUCGGAAGAUUAUCGCCACCAAGUUCCAAGUCCUGCAGGAGGGAUUUUAUUCGAUUCCCCGAGGUUCGUCGAGCCGCCACCUCAUCUUUGUGGGUCCCACAGGUUCUUCGUGGCAGCCGCUUCGUCCAGCUCACUCAUCGAAGAGGCCCGAUUGAGCCUGACCACUACAACUAUUACCACCACCUCCACCUCCGAUGAAGGGGGAUCGAGAUCGACUUCAACAAGAAGUUCUAGCAAUAUCAAUACUGAUUAUAUAAAGAACGUUAACACCAAAUUCUCUGAUGACUACAUCGCGGUAAAGACGUAUUCAAGGAGUCCUUCUAACGAUUUCAGGCGGUCAAUGCAAGAAAUGGUGGAAGCAAGAUUGCAAGAAGAUGGAAAGGUAAAUUGGGAUUUCAUGCAAGAACUUUUAUUCUGUUACUUGAAUUUAAAUGAGAAGAAGUCACACAAGUUCAUAUUAAGUGCUUUUGUUGAUCUUAUCGUUGGUCUGCGUCAACGUUCUGAUGAUGUUCCGGCGAGACCACGGAGGAAUAGUUCUCGAAGAGAGAGGAAGAGGAAAUUGAGGAAUGUUACGUAAGGUUUUGGUUAUGAAUUUGGGUAAAAUAAAGAUUUAAAAAAACGAAAAGAAAAGAAUUGGGAAAGAAUAAGGGUUGGUAUUAAACUGCUUUUGGCCUUAUUCACUUUAGGGCUCACAUGCAUAAUGUAAUUUUUAUAUGUGGAUCAGUAAUUUUCAAGACCAAAAAUACUUUGUUUA